AUGCAGACCCGAUAUCCAUACUUUGAAAAAGCACCAUCUGGAUGGAAAAACUCGGUUCGGCAUACAUUGUCGCUCAUGACCUGUUUUGAGAAGGUGCCGCGCCUAUUAACAGAGCCAGGGAAAGGCUCCUAUUGGAUAGUCAACGAUUCAAUGCCCCAUGCAAAGCCAUCCCGCGUGCGUGUCCGGAAACGUAAGGCACGCCCGAAUGAUGAUAAUAUUUUUCCCGGGACUCCUAGAACCGUACCCGACACGUUCCAGUCGGAGUUUCCAGAUACUGAGAGUUCAGGUGACUCAGAAAAUCGUCGGGGCUCAAUCGUUUAUGGUCACACUGGAAGUCCAGGAUGUCGCCUCCCUUCUUACGUUGAAGGGAACAUGUAUGAUCGGCUCUCUAACUAUAGCCAUGAUAUGGGUGAGGUUUCGCGUCCCUGUUACUACGAUGGAGGCAAAUCUUGUGGCGAGACGGAUCAUUCGCACGCAGCCCAUGAAAGCGGGCAAUUGGAACCCGAACACUGUCACGUAUAUCACCCAGGCAAUCAUCAACCAUCCUAUGGGCCACAGCAAACUGAGGAACAUAACGAGCCCCCCACUGUUGCAAAAGAAACAGCGUUGUCCAGGCCUGUUGAUUAUCGAUCAGUAUUGAUAUCAGAGCUCGAAAGGCUGCGAGAUGUAAUUGGCACAAGAGAUGACAUUGACAACGAAUGGUGUCGGUCGAUGGUGGACCGUCUCAAGGACACCGGACUACUUUAG